CAGUUUUUCAAACCAUGCUGCUUUCUCGUCUCGCUCCCGCACAUCGCUUGAUGCUUGCACGAACGCUCACCACAUCGGCGACCGCGCCGUCCGCGGCCGUUGCGACCCAGCAGACCGUGUUCAAGCCGAUCAAGUCGUCCUUCCCUGCCAGCCUCGCGCCUGCCAACCAGGCCGAGUUUGCGCUGUCAAAGCUCGAUGCGCUGGUCAACUGGGGCCGCACCGGAUCCGUCUGGCCGAUGACGUUCGGUCUUGCGUGCUGCGCCGUCGAAAUGAUGCAGGCUGCCGCUGCGCGCUACGACUUUGAUCGCUUUGGCAUUGUCUUCCGUGCAUCGCCUCGCCAGUCCGACGUCAUGAUUGUCGCCGGCACCCUCACCAACAAGAUGGCGCCUGCCCUCCGCAAGGUCUACGACCAAAUGCCCGAGCCCCGAUGGGUCAUUUCCAUGGGCUCGUGCGCCAACGGCGGCGGCUACUACCACUACUCGUACGCUGUUGUCCGAGGGUGCGAUCGUAUUGUUCCAGUUGAUGUUUACGUCCCCGGCUGCCCACCGACCGCCGAGGCAUUGCUGUACGGCAUUCUCCAACUGCAAAAGAAGAUCAAGCGAUCCAACCAGGCCCAAAUGUGGUACCGAAAGUGAAAAAAAAAAAAUCCAUGCUUCCCGCCAAGAAGUCUCUGUUCCAUUGUGUUGUUUAUGCCCGUCUUUUUCGUUGUAUCAUUGUCUGUUUUCUUCUUCUCCUUUAUUGUUUUCGAUGGGUGUGUUGUGUUCUUUUUGUUGUUGUUGCUGGUUUUCUCUCUCGCCACACAGCACUCCUGUCUGUCAGUGUUUCAAUCGAACAACAAAAAACGCUGUUUUGAUUUCUCUUCUUGCUC